GUUCGCGGCGGAGUAGGGCGGGCGAGAGGGAGAAGAUGAGGCAGCGUCCGGCCAGGCGGCGCUGCGGUUGGAGCCACCGCCUUCCUCGCAUCGAGCAGUUGCCACCGCUCCCCAACAGGCCCCGGAGCCCGAGCGGGGGGCACCCCGGUCCGAGAGCAUAGUGACGCUGUUUAGCAACGUCACAGGAUGCGUGAAUACAAACUGGUUGUCCUUGGCUCAGGGGGUGUGGGAAAGUCUGCAUUGACUGUACAGUUUGUUCAGGGAAUAUUUGUUGAAAAGUAUGACCCAACAAUAGAAGACUCCUACAGAAAGCAAGUUGAAGUAGACUGCCAACAAUGUAUGCUUGAAAUCCUCGACACAGCAGGAACAGAGCAGUUCACAGCAAUGAGAGAUCUGUAUAUGAAGAAUGGCCAGGGAUUUGCACUAGUAUAUUCAAUAACUGCACAGUCAACGUUUAAUGACUUACAGGACCUGAGAGAACAGAUCUUGCGAGUCAAGGACACUGAAGAUGUUCCCAUGAUUCUGGUUGGCAAUAAGUGCGACUUGGAAGAUGAGCGAGUAGUGGGCAAAGAACAGGGCCAGAACCUAGCAAGACAAUGGAACAACUGUGCCUUUUUAGAGUCCUCUGCAAAGUCGAAGAUCAAUGUUAAUGAGAUCUUUUAUGACCUGGUCAGACAGAUCAAUAGGAAAGCGCCAGUGGAAAAGUCAAAAAAGAAGAAAUCCCAAUGUAUGCUGCUUUAAACUUCUGCUAUGCAGCAGGUCUGAGCCAGGUAUGAAGAACUGUUGCCUAAUUGGAAAGUGCCAGCAUUUCCAAUUUCAAAAAAAAUUAACAUAUCUGAAGAGGCUUCACCCGUUUUUAUAUCUUCAAUUUAAAAAGAUCUCCAGAAGACCGUUUGCACAUACUGUUCCUGAAAUUUGCCAUGUGCAUUGCUUGAACAGACAGUAUUUUCACCUCUUUGCAUAGUGGUUAUAGCCAAUGUGGAUUUAAUGAUGAGUUAGUUGUAUAAUUAUACAAAAAGCAUGGACACAUUUCCAAUGUUGUAGAUGUUGCAAGUGAAAUUACGAGUUGAUUACAUAUUGGCCUUUAUCAUUGCACCUCUUCUCCCUAUCAAGCACUAAUAGUUCAUUGAUGGUUUUUGACAUUAUUAGUCCAUAUUGUUCCUUGAUGGACUUAUCCCAGCAGUUAACAUCUACUUUUGGUCAUUGUGACUCCAUUUUAUAUUGGGAUGUUGCAGGAUCACCUUACUUUCACGAUACAAUUGUAUUCUAAUUAAAAUGUUUUGUGCAUAAUGCUUUGGAAAAUGGGGUCUUUUAUAGGAAAACUGUGGAAAGCUGAUUUCUAUGUCUCUUUAAAGCUGAAAUAUAUUAUACUAAACCAACUCUAAAUUGG